GCACUCUUUCGCCCAAUAUAUCUUUGAAUAUUGAAACUUAUAAUAUUAUGCAGGCUAGGUGAAGCAUAAGCUAUUUGCCGCAAAUCUGUGGCUUUUGAUAAUGUCCUAUUACGAUAUUGACGCGAUCCUCACUGAUGCUCAAAAAAUCCCAUGCACAUUCGAGCUUGAUGUUCCCUCUCUAGGUUAUCUCGACAACAAUGCUGCUACCCCCUUGAAAAAACACACGCGCGUCGAUCUUCCUCUAUGGCUUGCCGAAUUACUUGCCGUUUCCUCCUCUCCAUCUUCCCAAAAAUCUCUCGUCACCCUUGAUCUACCUGCUUGUCUUGCGCCUCGCGUUCUCAAUGCACUAAAAGCCGAUCCUAAGAGUGUCGACUUACGCAAUUUGGCACAGAACUUUUAUGGAUUGGGUGUGAGAGUUUUGGAGUUAUUCGAAGAGGAAGAGGUUUGCGAUGUAUUGAUGGAGAGUUGGAGGACAAGAGCUGGUGAAAUUAGCGAUCAUGCGGGGAGUGGAAGUGUAGGACAGAGUAAUGGUAGAGGCGGGGGAGAAGGCGUGGAGUUCUUGAGAGGCUUGGACGAGGCGGAGCGCGGAUUAUUCAAGGCAGCACACGAGGGGUCCAAAGCAAUGGGGAAAUGGAUGGGCGAGGUGAAAAAGGGGUAGUCCAAAGCGAGAAAAAUGUCGGCGAACAAACAGUGGUGGAUUCAUCAAUCCGACAUACUUGCAGAGAUGGAUACCACACGGUCAAACCUUACGGCGUUAUCUGGGUUGGAAGUCUUGGCUAUUUGAGAUACCCAUUACAUGAUUGAUUUGACGAAAAUCAAUGAUUACUUCUUUUGGAAUUCAUUGUUGAUCUAACAUUGAUCGAUUUUACGUUUGCACACAGCGACAGAGCGAUCUGAUGAAACCCCUUUGCAUUGCAUGUGAGAUCGAAGAUGAUUGACCCAGUCUUUCUGCCCAAAUAAACA